CGAAACGACGCGACACCGCCGAGGCGGCCUCCUGCGCGGGGCUGCCCGGCCCCCGCCCGCCCGCCCGCCCGCGGGGCGCAGGAGAUCCAAUUUUAGAGCUGUGUAGAAGCCUUUACCACUUACCGUAAACCAGUGAAAAUAGAUCCCAGGUUAUUAACUCAACAUGGCAGACCAGAGGCAACGUUCGCUGUCUACCUCUGGAGAAUCAUUAUACCAUGUGCUAGGACUGGACAAGAAUGCAACUUCUGACGAUAUUAAGAAGUCAUACAGGAAGCUUGCAUUGAAAUACCAUCCUGAUAAGAAUCCUGAUAAUCCAGAGGCAGCAGAAAAAUUUAAAGAGAUCAAUAAUGCACAUGCAAUAUUGACUGAUGCCACAAAGAGAAACAUUUAUGAUAAGUAUGGUUCUCUGGGUCUGUAUGUAGCAGAGCAGUUUGGAGAAGAAAAUGUGAAUACAUACUUCGUCCUAUCCAGCUGGUGGGCAAAGGCCUUGUUUGUGUUCUGUGGGCUGAUCACAGGCUGCUAUUGCUGUUGCUGUCUGUGCUGCUGCUGUAAUUGUUGCUGUGGGAAAUGUAAACCUAAACCUCCUGAAGGUGAAGAGCAGGAAUACUACGUCUCUCCAGAGGACUUGGAGGCACAGUUGCAGUCAGAUGAAAGAGAGGCCUCAGACACACCUAUUGUGAUACAGCCAGCAUCAGCCACAGAGACAACCCAGCUCACAGCUGACUCUCACCCCAGCUACCACACUGACGGAUUUAAUUAAGUUAAGGAAAUACUGUAAUUAGAAUGGAUAAAUAAAUACAUGGCCAACUCAACACUAGGAUCAUGAACAUUAGAAGUAGAGAUGGGGAGGGGGAAAAAUUCUGCCACAGUAAGAAGGCAGCUUUCCAACCUGCUGAAAAUAUUUUGUAAUCCCUUCAGCCUUUUGUCACCUUCUGUGUCGUAUCUUGAUGAUACGUGAAGUGCUGUAGCAUGCAGUAUUUAAAGCAGUUUAUCUAUGAUCUUAUUUGUUUCCUUUCCUCCUCCUUCUCCUUUUUUUUUUUUUAAUAGCAUGUAUGGAGUUAUGUUAAAUGUGGUGUAAUGUACUGAGUUGUCACAAAAUAAGUGUGAUGGAGACAUUCUGCAUUUUAAGCAGUGGUAUUGGCCUAAAAAUGAGAUUUUAAAAAAGAAAGCAUUUCAUAGAAGCCACCAUGCUUCCAUAUAGCUGAGCUGCUGAAGACCUUUAAAAGUUCAUGUUUUUUCGUGUGAAUGCAAUGAGUCAGUUCUCAUUUGUCCUUCUUUUCCUGCACUGUUAUCUAAGCAAGUUUACAAAGCCAAGAACCAAAAAUGCCAGUACUGCAGAACCAGAUUUUUCUUUAAAGCUGGUUUUCAGCUUAAAUAAAUCUAUCUUGAAAAUUAAAAGGGAGAGUUUCCAAUCUUUGAAGAAUAAAUAGAUGAACAGCUGUUUUUGCCUAAGGAGAUCUUCAGUGACAGUGUAACCGCGAAGAUUAAUUUGCCACAAAACCAAAUGUAAGUAGGUUUAUUCGGUGGUGGUCAUGGUAGACUUUAAACUUCAAGCACAAUUCUGUUUCAGUUUGACGUUUUUUCCUGAAAUUCUGAAGAGCAAAUAAUGCAGCUUUUCUGAAUACAUGAGAAUCUUGAGGUGAAACUGGUUCAUCAGUUUUAAUUGGCCAAGUAAAUAAAAUGCAGAUAGUAGGCAAUAGUGUAAAUGUAAAAAAAAAAAAAAACAAAAACAAAAUUUGAUUUCUAUUAGAAAUCUAUUAGAAUCAAUUAGAAAUUGAAAUCUAUUAGAAUGUAAAUUAUUCAAAUAUACAAAUAGGGUAUUACCUUUUUUUUAAACAGCUUUUGAUAACACAGAAGCCCUUUAAUUUUCUCAUGAACAUCUUUGUGGAAUACUUAAAUAACUUUUUAAGAACAAAACACCUUUCUUUCUGUUUAUAUUGUAUAAUUUGCACAGUCUUGCAUUUAGACUUGUUUACAUCAGUGUUUUUCUGCUCCUCAUAAAAACUAUGGGAAAACUGUUGAAAGGUUUUCCCUUUUGAAACCAAAUCAUUUUUGAAUACUACUCUUGAAACUGUGGAUUAUUGAGAUUUAUGACAACAUCUUAGUCAGCUGGUAAAUUGCUGAUAUUUUUUGUUGUUAAUAAUCUUGCUUUAGAUAAUAUUGAGUCAGGAUCUAGAAUAGCUACCAGUAAAUCUGCACUUGACACUUUUAGCAUUUAUUUACAGCUUCUUUAAUUUUCAUCUUCAUGGUUUUAUAUCAUGUUGCCUCCACUGUCCUUUUCGUCCCCUAGCUCCCCUUUUCAUUUUUCACCUAUUUCUCCUGGGGAGUGAUCUAAAUCCUCCCAUUGACCCAUCCAGUAUUUUAUUUGACAAUCUUUUAUGCUACUUUUUUACAAGGUCCAAGUGUUGCUUUUGAAUGGGUUAAAGCACUGACAGUUUGUAGGAAGACUAUCUGAAAAUAAAGGGGACUCUCCUGCCUGAGGAGGGCAAAGCAUACUGCCACUUGGCUGUUCUAGGUUUGUAAAAAAGUACAGUUUUUCUGGAUAUUGCCCAGAUAAAAGGGGAAAAGAGAAAUGUGAAAAUCUGUCUGAAUAUAUUUCAUUCUGUCUUUCCAUGGGCUGAAAAUGAUAGAGCGGAUAGUCUGAUGUGAAACCCUGUUAAACAUAUCAGGUAAAAGAAAAGGUUCUUGACACAGUCUAAAUACUAAGCGUGAGAUGGUUGCAAACUCGGACUUUGCCGUAGCAGUUGGUACAAGCACAUUUAUUGCCUGUGUGUGAGCUUGUUGCAGAUAGGUAUGCUUUCCAUAACACACUGAGAUUCAAAAAUCCAAAAUGAACUUUUAAUUAACUGAUGAGAUUUAAGAAACACAGUUGUUAAGUAAAUUCUUCCUUGUUGAUAGUCCUUCAGAGCUGAAACUUUGUGGCUUACUUAUUUAACUUUUUGUAUCAGGCAAAACUGUCUUGUGUGGCUUUGAGGACAGUCAUAUAUGAUUUGACUUGAGGUCUUUAUUAAUCAAAGUCUUUGACCCCUUGUAAUGAAAAGUAAUUUUUAAGGUGGAGAAUAUAAUGUCUCAUGGGCUUUUUGUGUAGAUUUUGUCUGAAACCUGUUCUUAAAGUAGAAUUCCACCCUUGAAUAUGCUUGAAUAUCUGUGCAGACUUUAUCCCCUUAAAAACUCGCUGCUCAAAAUUGCCGUUAUAAUCUGUGCAAAUCAGUCAAUGUUCUUGAUAAAAAUAAAGCAUUAAAACUUUUUUGGCUUUGUAAAUCAGCAUAGUUGUUAAGAGUGACUUGGUAGAAUGAGAAAAAUGCUGUUUCCUUGUGUUUCCUUGUCUAUAAUACUCUUCCAUUCCCGUGUGUUGGUCUAGAUGUGUAACACAAAAGGCUGGUUGUUGCUUUGCUGUGGAACAACUGAUGUUCGUUACCUCGGGGUUGAUUGUUGGUGUUAAUUCCAAAUAAGGUUCUAUUUCUUAAUCACCCUGGGGUACUUACAUUGGACUAGAAGAGUUGACUGGAGAUUGUGGCAUGGAAACUGAGCACUCCAGGCACUUGUCUAAUGUACCGCCGGGCCAUGGUGAGAGUCACUCUUACUCUGUUCCCCAGAAGCAGUGCAGUGUGAGGAAGCCCUACAGAUUUCUCUGUGUGAGCCAGUGUCAAAACUGAAAUAUAUAGAGCAGAUGAAGGUUGGAGAUGAUACCUUUAUCCAUGUUUUGCACUACUUGAAAGAGAUGACUUUCAGGAUAAAUUUUCUGUUUUAAAAACAAACAAACAGUUCCCCUCCUUUCCAAAACCCAACAUUCCAACCAGCAAUUAGUUUUUUGUUUAGCAAGUCAUGAAUUUAAGAGAUACUGCUUUCUUCUCAGUUCUUUCUGUGGUUGCGGGAGUCAUAAUUUUGCCUGUAUAUUGUAUAUGCUCAUAUGAUGUUAGAUGCUCCAAGUGAAGUUACUCUGAGAUCCCAACAAGGAAUGAAGGAGAGAAAUAUGAAUAUGAGUAUUUUUUAAAACUGCUAAGUUUGCCCAGGUUAGUUUUAUAUCUCUGAGUUUAAGAUUACUAUAUAUUAAUGUCUUCUUGACUUCUCAAACUGUGUAAGAAAUAGUUAUUUAAACAGUGUUUCUUUAAAACAAAAAUUGUAUAAUCAGAAGAUAGGUAGGUUAAUGCCCACUUUUUUCCUUAUGUCCUAAGUAAGGUACAAAUGUGUCCUGGGAUUGCAUGAGUCGCAGUUCUGUCUUUGCAAAAUGGCCAAAUUGAAUCCCAGUGAAUGCAAGAUUGUAUUGGAAAUGGUGGUUAAAAAUCUGGCACUUAAGAUCAACUUGCAUUUCAGAGCUUAAGUUUAUGGAGCUGCAAUGUCCCUGCCAGAGCUGAAAUAGCAUAGCUUUACAGGCAAUAAAAUCUGGGUGAAAAUACUUUUUACUGGCUUAUAUGCAGAAUGUUUCCUUCCAAAAUUAAACCUGAGCACUGUUGAUUUCUAUUUGGUGUGUUGCCAGAAUUAAAAACUGAGGUUUGUUUUUCUUUCUUUCCUUUUUUUUUUGUUUUGUUUUGUUUUGACACGUCACAUCGUUUUAACGAGUUACGUGAGAUCUCUGUUUGAGUAGUUCAGCCACUUCCAUCUAGCUCAUCAAACCUAGUCAGCAUCUGUUUUCUUAACAGUUGUAGCUCCUUGUAUUUAGGAGGAGUGUAUGGGAGAAUCUGAUUUGGAGAGUUUCAUGGGCUGAUAUCAAAGACCACCGAUUUUUAUCCGGAAGUUUUGUUGUAUGGAGAGCCAUGGUAUUUGUAACUUAGGAUAAAUAAGGAAAGCUACUGCCUCGUUUCAAGGAAUGUUUAGGUACCGUCUUUUCUGACAGCAGCAAAGCUGUCUUGGAAGUAGCUGGUGCUGGGCUUGCUGUGCCCUGUCCUGCCUGUGCACAGGGAGUUCCCCAAACCCAAUGUAGUACAACAAAUAAUUCAAUAUUUCACUUGAAGUGAAUGAAGGGGCAUCGCACCUGUUAAAUGCCAGUUUCAUUUUGUUAGUAAUAUAUGUAGAAAGUUCUUAAAUAUUUAUCUGUAUAUAAAUUUGUUUAAACAUCAAUGGUGUCUGAUAUUGUGUAGAUUUCUGUUAAUUCCAUGCUGUGAUGUUCUAGAGACACUAUCUUUUUAGUCUUAUUUUUACAUUUGUAGUAUUUUUAAACUGCUUUAGAUAUUAGUGCUCAUAGUGUUCUUGAAAAUGUAAUGCUCUUGAAAUUUGUGUACACAGUCUACAGUAUAAUUAGAAACACCUGCUUAGGAAGAGGGCUUUAACAUGAUACUAAGAAAUACUGAGUCUUGGCAACAGUGCUGUGGUUGGGGGGCGGUGCGUUAAAAACCUUUGAUGUCGGAGCAUAUAAGCAUUACAGGUAUAACCAGGGCAGGAACCUGACAGAAAAUAUACUCCUGUUCCAUUUUUUAAAUUGUUAUGUAGUGUGGGAUGUGACUAUGCUUUUUAGGGACUAAUCUUUGAGUAUUUGUAACAUAUGCAGUCCUUGAGAGGUACCUGUUUUCUUAACUAGUUUGUGCCCUUUAUCUGGUGCCCUUCAGUAUUCUUGACAUUUCCAAAUAACUUAGGAAAUGCCUUUGUGCUGCAUUUUUUUUUCCUACCCAAUGGAACUGAAUAUUGGCUUAAUGUUUAACAGGAGAUUCUUCCUAGGUAGUCAGGCAGGCUUUUGCCACUCAGCAGCUCCUGCCUCGUGUUAAUAAUUCUGGAUGCUGUUUCAAUCUGCAUUAAUCUUAGAAUCAGAGCACUGAAACAUAACCUCUCCCCCCACCAUACAAAUAUUUAUAGUGUAAGGUUGGUAUUAACUUAACUUGCUUUACCGUUUGGUGCCGCUUCUCUUAUUAUAGUGGAAAUCAUCUAGUUUGUAGUAUAUCAUUAUGCCAACAACUGCUUAAAAUAUCUUGAAAGAAGUAUAGGUGACAGGUAAUUUGUCAGGGUUCAAGUCCUGCUAGAACUAUGGUCUGCUCUACGUACUGUAUUUGGAGAUUUAACUGCUGUCUAAGACUCUGCAAGACUGAAAUUCCCAUUUCAUUCCAAGAUGGUGCUUUCUUUACAAGAAAAAACUGUGUAAGGGAAGCUUUCUGUUGUUUUUGUUUGCACAAGCCAAACUCCAUAAAUCUGGAAGCUAUUCUGUCAUUUGAAAAUAAAAUACCAGUUACAUGUACAGUUAAUUUGGUUGUUAGAAGGAGAGAUGCUGGGAAUUAUUGGUAGCUAUGUAUAUGUAUAGAGGAACCUCUUGCACAAAAUGGCCAUCCAUACUUGAGUGCUGUUGUCUUCUCUGCUCCCUUUCCCCCACAGCCAGCAACGUGGGUGUAUUCUUGUAGUUUGUGAAUGGUCACUUAUCAUAUUCUGUAUACAGCAAUGGCUUCCAAAAAAAUGUGAUGAUCUACCUGAUUCCUGCCAACUGCUCUUAGACCCUGUCCCGUGAAGGUGAAGCUGGGAUUUACCUCUCCCAUAGAGGAAAGAAAGAAAACCCAACAAUAGCAAGGAGGGUAAGGGCAAUCUCUGGAAUAACUUUGACUUGCAUGGGCUGGUAUGUGGGGGUAUAUUAAAUAUGGUCAAUAUGCUAAUCACUAAAGGUAUAAUAGAAUACAUUGAUAUGUUUUUUUUUUUUUUUCCUAUACUGGUUUUAACUACUUUGUACUCUACAAAGUGGGACUCGGUGACUUCACAAAGCAAGGUCCAAACCUGUGCUGUAGGUUUUGGAUUGCAACAUCAUGUGUGUGUAUGUAUGUAUAUAUGCACAUAUGUAUAUAUUUAUACAACAGGUGUGCAUCUAGUACUUGCUGCUGUUUCUUCUUUGGUGGUAAAACAUGAAAUUUGGCUCAAAGUACUUCUAUGAACUCUCAGACAGAAAAGCCAAAGGUGUGAGUUUUGUGUGCCCAGGAUUGUGCUUUCUCCUUUCAACUGCAGGAAAAAACAAAUAAGAUUUGUCAGUUUAAGUGACUGAUGAAGGAAGUGGUGAAAGGAUCCUGUUGUAUAAAUAAAUAGGUAGUACUAGUGAGAGAGCUGUGCUGUUAGAAAAGGGAAAAAUCAAUCUUCUACUCAAGUGGAUUCCUAAAGUCUUCCCUCCUUGCUAGUGAGAAUUUAAACUUGAAUCGUAUGAUGCAUUUGCACAGUCUGGUCCAGUUACUCAAUUUAUAGUGCUUACAGGUUGGAUUCAUAAGACUUGGAAAUACUGCAAGUCAUAAAACUAAAGUUAGCUGGUGAUUUGCAUAAAGGCAAAAAGACUGUGGCCAACGUACGUGUAUGUACCACCAAAUUACUUCUAGUCAUAUUGGGUAGAGAAUGCAGCUGGCCCUAGUUGGGCCCUAUGUUCCAGAAGCUGUUGCCUAUCAUACAAAACACACGUGAGUUUUCUGCUUCAUGGCAAUCAGCAGAAAUGGGGAAAUAUAUGGGGAAUUCCUUUUAUUACUUACAUGUUUGAAGUUAUAUUUGUGUCUGUCACUAUAGAUGAACUUUGAAGUUUGCCAAGUUCAAAACACUUGAUGUUUCCUUGUUUGGAUGUGUGCCACUUAAGCCGGUUGUUGUCAUUCCUUCCUUCCACUACAUCCCCACCUUCUCCCACUUUUUGGGGUUGGGUGUGGAUUAUUUGGUUUGCGUUAUCACAGACAUCCGAGGCAGUUCAGAUUAAUUUUGCAUGUGAGCAAGGCCCUAAAAUAAGUAAUUCAUUAUGGGGUUUUGUUAUAUUGGCCUCUUUAUGAAGCCUGUGGGAGCUGAAAAUAUAAUGAGAGAAUGCAUUUUGCAUUUGCACUGUACUUCAGCUCCAGCGGGGUGGGAGGGGGUGGGGAGAGAAGCCCACAUUAAAAAAAAAGGGGGGGAAAAAAAAGAAAAAAGAAAAAAAAAGUUAGCUGUUGUAAAAACAAUCAAAGUAUAAAUGCAUCUGAAAAGCAAUUAUAAUAUAGACAUAUAUAUAUUUUGUUAUGUUACUAAAGGACCACACUUUGAAUUGUAUGUAAGUAAAUGUGGCUGUCUGAACUUUGUGGAUUGUAACACUCGAUACUACUGAGCUCCUGUACAUACACGCAGUUACAGCAGAAGGAAUUAUUUUAUGUUUUAGCAUGGCAAUUUGUGUAUUGUAUGUCUGAAUAUAAACUAAAAUAAAGAUUGCUAAAUUAUCUGAAACCACUGUUGUAAAAUAAA